AUUUUCUGUUCAAAAAGGGGAGUCCAGGAAAAUUUGAGAUCGCCAUGAAAAACACAUGCUGAUUAAAAAAUCAUUACGUCACAGGUUUCUCAGGAUCUGGCUGAACCCCCUUCACACGCCCCCUCCGUGCCCACAGCCUGCCCGUCUCCCGCGCACAGCGGCCGCAUUCCCGGCCGGCAGAGCCGCCCCCGGCCCUGCGCGCACGGGGGGAUGAGCGCACACACCCGGCUUUCUGCCCGCCGCCCCCCGCUCCGGCCGCCAGCUCCGCGCCUCCCCCGCCCGGGCCGCGCACGCCGGGGAUCCCGCGGGGCUGGCGGGCACACCGCGCAGGGCUGCGAUGCCAAGGGCAGAGCCGACCCCUCCGGCAUGCCCUCUUUCCUCCUGGCCUCUUCCCUUCCCCUCCGCGCAUCUGCGUUCUCCUUUCCUCUUCUCCCCUCUCCCUCCUCGCGAUUCCAUCUUCCCUCCUCGCUUUUUCCCCUGCCCCUCCUGGCACCUCUACCGACAUCCCCUCACCUCCCCGGCCCGCCCUGCCUACCCCCCUCUCCCGCCCGCAACCAGCCGAGCGCCAGCUCGCCGCAGCCGCAGCCACCGCCGCCUCCCUUCCCUCCGCGCCGGCAGCCGCGCUCACACACAGACAGACAGACAGACAGGCAGAGGCAGGCAGACAGACAGACGGGCAGGCAGGCAGACAGACGCCGCGCGGACGCGCGCAUCCUGGCGCUCGGAGGUAGUACUGCUAUCCCGGACUUCUUCAAUGUUGCCUGGAACCCAAAUACGCUUGCAAGGAUUCCCAUUGAUCUGCUAUUCUUCCUGUGAAGAAGCUCUGCCUUUUAUUUUUUUGUUGCGAUACAGGCUUAAUUAUCCCCUCAGCUCCUGUGCUGGAGAUGAGGAACAACAAACCCUUUCUUUAAGCUGGAGAUGGGAACAAUUAACCCUCUCUUAGACCUGCUCAUGGCUUUGUAGAUCUCCACAGUAAUCUCUGUACAUCAUUACAUUUCCUGGCUGAAGAGCUCUAGGUUGCUCUCAUGGGGACCUUUGUCCACAGACUAUUCUGUACCUCUUACUGUCCUUGAUGCACUCCUGAGCAUGACCCUCAUCUAACAGAUCUAAAUUUGAGUUGAAGAAAUACACACCAUGGAUUCAUACAGUGGCCCAAUGGUGUUUUUCCUUGACAAUACUUCAUGAGGAUCUUUUGAGCACAGGAGGUGAUGUUUCUAUGUCCUGUCAUAACCCUGAGACUUUACUCAUGCCAGCUCAGAGCCCACCAUUUUUAAUGAUUAUUUGUCCAUGUGUGUUAUUUUACAUUCACCUAUACUGGAUUUCUGAUAUUGAAUAUUCAGUCUCA